AUGGGUAUCCGCAAGAAUAUCCGCCGACUCCUCUGCCUGGGGCGCCGUGAGCCCGAUGUUGAACAAUCACCUCGUCCGCUGCAACACUGGGAGAUCCGUAACAACAUCAUCAGCAUCAUCACAGGGCACCUUGACCAAACUCCUCUUGUUUGUUUUGCCAGCGUCUGCCCAGACUUCUACAAUGGCUAUUUCCACCCUUCUAUCGCAGAGCAACAGAGAAUCCAAGUCGGGUUAGGAAGAGUCCCGGUUAGAGCCUACCGCUGCUACGACUGCGACGCAUAUCAUCCACUGCGGCAAGAAUACUGGUUCAAUGCCCAAUUCUUUACCUGCAACGACUUUAAUGGCGGACAUCUAAGCCCUCAACAUCUGCCGAUGAGAGGAUUCGAUUACUCACUCAGUGUGCCUUUUGAGCUCGCUCGAAAAAUUAUGAAUGCGCCCCUCGAUCAGUCUAGCCACGACUGUCCGGUUGAACAAUUGGUGCCUCGUUAUCCCUUGCAAACUUACCAAGAAAAUGUGGCCUAUACUAGAUCAUGGCAAGCUCGGAUUAUCGACGACCAACUGGUACUUCACUCUUACACUGCCUUGACCCUCACCAUCGAUCGUAGGUUACCAGGACAGAGCGUCAACAUGGGGAUCAUUUCUAUUUGUCGUCAUGUCAAUACCGGCCGGUUGUUACUUGUCCAUCGAGAGCCCCCUCAGGAAAAUUACUUUUCCAGACGUCACGGUUCUAUUCUAUCUUGUCCCGUAUGCGACACAGACUAUUCCAUUGACAUCAUUUGGGAAGGAGGACAUUGGGUUGUUGGAAUCUCUACAUAUCACGUCCUUGAAACUGCGAAAACGAAGUCAAACUGGACCUGGAAUGUCAUGUCCUAUUGUCCAGAAGAGGCCCGCAAAUCACCCCGAGUCAGGAAGAUGAUGGGGACACCGCCAGGAAUAGCGAUGCACAAGUGGUACACGCAAAGUAUCAUGACCCUUGACCGGAGGCCGGAGGGGGAUUGGGCGCCUCAGCCUGCUCUCCAGUCCGAUCCUCAUUACUUGAGUCGGCCUGUUUAUUUGCAGUAG